GUAUUGCGUACCCUAAACUCCUAUAUCACUAUCACUCUGCCAUUCACUUCCAGUUAGAGCUACUCUCCCAUCAGCUAUUAUUACUUUCAAUCAUGAUGAUAACAGAAGCGAUCUCAGAUUUUCCGGUCAUGGCUUAUGCCACUGUCGUCGGACUGGGUCUCGUCGCCGUCAUGUUUGUUGUAAGGCUUCUCUCUACCCAACGUAGAUCCUCCCAAUAUCCGCCUCUACCAGAGGUUCCUGGGCUGCCACUGAUAGGGAAUCUGCUGCAACUAAAGGAAAAGAAACCCCACCAAACGUUCACGAAAUGGGCUGAGCAUUACGGGCCAAUCUACAAGAUUAGGGCCGGUUCUUCCACCGUCGUGGUUCUCAACACAACCAGCGUUGCCAAAGAGGCCAUGGUGGCUAGAUUUUCAUCCAUCUCGACAAGGAAGCUUUCAAAAGCUUUACAGAUACUUACAUUCAAUAAGUGCAUGGUCGCCACAAGCGACUAUGAUGAGUUCCACAAAAUGGUGAAACGAUUUAUACUCACGGGUGUCUUGGGAGCGAAUGCUCAGAAGCGAUUUCGUUGUCAUAGGGAUACCAUGAUAGAGAAUGUAUGCAACUGCUUGCUUGCAGAUGUCAGGAAAGAUCCUCUUCAAGCUGUAAACUUCAGAAAAAUAUUCAGGAAUGAACUCUUUGGAUUAGCUUUGAAACAAGCUCUGGGUAAGGAUGUCGAAUCAUCCAUUUACGUGGAGGAUCUUGGAACCAGACUGUCAAGAGAGGAUAUCUUUGAAGUGUUAGUGGUGGAUCCAAUGAUGGGUGCAAUUGAGGUGGAUUGGAGAGACUUCUUCCCAUAUCUAAGAUGGGUUCCUAAUAAGAGCAUAGAAAUGAAAAUCCAGCAAAUGUAUGUGCGCAGACAAGCUGUGAUAAAGGCCCUCAUUGAAGAACAAAGGAAACGGAUUUCCAUGGGAGAGGAAAUAAACUGUUACCUUGACUUCUUGUCAUCCGAAGCAAAAACACUCACAGAUGAACAACUACUUAUGCUAAUUUGGGAGACAAUUAUUGAGACUUCUGAUACCACCCUGGUCACUACAGAGUGGGCGAUGUAUGAACUUGCCAAAGACCCAAUGCGCCAGGAUCGCUUGUAUCAUGAAAUAAAAAAUAUUUGUGGGUCUGACAAGAUUGCCGAGGAGCAUUUGUCACAGUUACCUUAUUUGAAUGCUGUUUUCCAUGAAACUUUGAGGAGGCAUACUCCGGUUUCAAUAGUUCCGCUGCGUUAUGUGAAUGAAGACACUCAACUAGGAGGGUACCAUGUCCCUGCUGGAAGUGAGAUUGCAAUAAACAUUUAUGGGUGCAACAUGGACAAGAAUCAAUGGGAGGAGCCCGAACUAUGGAAGCCCGAGAGGUUUCUUUCGAGCAAUUAUGAUCCUACGGACCUGUAUAAGACUAUGGCCUUUGGAGCUGGAAAGAGAGUCUGUGCAGGUUCUUUGCAGGCAACAUUGAUUUCUUGCACGGCUAUAGGCAGGUUGAUACAAGAUUUUGAGUGGRGACUUCAACCAGGAGAGGAGGAGAAUGUUGACACACUUGGAUUGACCACCACCAAACUCCAUCCAAUUCAAGCAAUCAUAACACCGAGAGAUCAGUAGGAGAYAGCUCCAUGCUGCUCAUAUAUGGUUUGGUUCAUUGAUAGGGGUUAAGUAACUUUUGAUUAUAAAUCCUACAGCUUGAAGGUGUUAUCUUUUUCAAAACAGAAUAAAAAAUGAAAGAGUUAGUGUCUUCUGAUUUAUGCUCUUGCAACUUUAAUCAUCUCCAACCUUUGAAGAAAAAACCGCAGAUGAAUGCAAUAGAUUUUGGAUUGGCUCCAGUCAUUGUUUAAUUCUGUCAUAUGUAUUUAGAACUGCUGAUUUAAGGUAAUAAAAAGACAUAGUAUGUGUUUGGUUC